UCCCUCUUCCACAAUGCCUCCCCAGUCCCAGGACUCUGUGCUGGGGCAGAAAGCUGAGGAGAGCAAGCAGCUGAAGCAGGACCUCCAGAGAGCCCAGAGUCUGUUCACCUCGGCUGAGAGGGAGCUACGCUACGAGAGAGAGAAGAACCUGGACCUCAAGAGACACAACGCCCUCCUGGACCAGGAGAAGAUCAAGGUGUGUGCGGAGCUAAAGCAGGCCCAGGCAAAGCUUUCCCAGGCAGAGCAGAGUGGCUCGGGGCAGGCUGCGGAGACGGAGCGGCUACAGCACAGGCUCCGAGAGCUGGAACUGGAGCUGGCCCGCAGCGGGCAGAGCCGCAACACCAACGCAAGCCUGCAUGAGGAGCUUCAAGCAGAGAGAGUUCGCGUCAUCUCCGCAGACAAGAAGGUGUUGGAGCUGCAGCAGAAGCUGAAGAGUGCCCACCACCAGCUUCGUCUGGAGGAGGCCCGGGCCGGGGAGACCAGCCGGCUAGAGAGGGACAGUAGGGACAUGUCCGACACCCUCUCCUCUCUCCGAGCCAGACAGCUGGAGGACCAGCUCCAGAGGAAGCUGUUGGAGCAGAGGGAGGAGGAGCUGCAGCAGCAAGUGCGUUCUCUGCGGGGGAAGGAGGUAUCGCUGGGACGCAGCAACUCAGAGCUCAAACACCUCACACAGCAGCUAGAGACACGCCUAGCCGUCCUGGAAGCCGAGCAUGGCAAGGCCAGAGAGGAGCAGAGAGAGAGCCAGAGGUCGUGUCUUCAGCUGGGACAGGAGCUGGUGGCCAGUCAGCAGGAGAGUGAACGGCUCCAGGAGGAGCUCCAGCAGGUCAUCACACAGCUGGACACUUACAUCAGGAAGUACAAUGAGAAACAGUCGCAGCACAAGACCAAGCUGAGGAAGGCCAAGCAGAUCUUCCUGAUGGCCACGGCCCAGAGAGACCGCACCAUCCAGAAACUGGAGAACGACCUUGCCCUGGCCUCAAGCCUCUCCCACAAGGAGAAAGACUGGAUCAGGACAGUUAUGGAGGAGAAUGAAAAAUUGCUGGUAGAGAAGAGAGAACUUCUGAGGAGGAUGAGCGAGGCAGAGGAGAUGGGGAGCAACGGCCUGAGAAAGGCCUCCAAUGUUCAGCACAGGGUCAACUUUCUGGAGGUGGAGAACAGACAACUUCAGGAAAGAACUUUAAAGUUGGCCAAUCAAGUCGGAACUCUAGAGCGGGCUCUGAGGAACGUCCAAUCACAAUCGCUCUGCAACCUAGAGGAUAUCAAGAAAAUGUUUCCUUCUGAAAGUCUUGCGAACGACAGCGUCCUUCAUAAGUCAACAUUAAGUCUGACAUCAGGUGCGUGUGACCCUCUGGGCAUCCUCAAUGCCAUCUGCCGGGUGAAGGUGGGUGAGCGCGUGGAGGGCAUCCAGACGUCGUCCUCCACGCCCCAUUCCCAGUUGCAGUCCUUUGAACUGGGCUACCUGAACCUCACCUCCCCUGUAGCUCCCCCAGACUCCAAAGACCCAGAGGAGAGUGACCAGUGACCAGAAAGUGAUCAGUGUGGGGAGUGACUAUGUAUGAGGAAGGGGUUAAAGGGUGGUGAGGACCCUGGUAUACAAAAUGACUGCUCCAUUGACCACAGGAGAAUCUGUCACUGUUACUCUAGUCUUGCGUUACCAUUCUUUCAAGUCUCUAAGGAAGCCUGGAAGCUGAGGCUACUGUUACUUACCUUUGAGGUGUUGACCUGAGUGGUGAUUUUACAAGACAAUCAUGUCAUUGUGUACAAAAUAGACAGUUGUGAGAAUUUUUAAUGCGAUGCCUCCACUGUAACGACAAUUCAUGGUCUUUUCUGCUUUGCCCGUGGAACACAGUUUGAAUUGUGGAAUUAUACCACUGACUCCCUCAUUUGGCUUGCAGCUGCUGCCUUCUCUCCCUUGUGUUCACAGUGGGGUGUUUGAAAAGUGAGCUUUUGGGGGUUUGGCUGGUUAAGUCUGUGGGAGUGUGUCAAUGGCAAACAUUGAAAAUAGUAUUUUUAACAGUGACUUGCGUGAUUUGAGCUUCAGUGCAACUAUUCGAUUGGAAGUGGAAGUAACUAGUUAAGAUAUGGUCUUUUUUGGAUGCACUAAAUGUGGAUGCACCUAAUUUUAAAUCCUCCAAAUGCUACGAUGGUCUUUAUAUUCAGAAAAUAAGGCCAAACUGACCAUGGAGCCUUAUGAAGGUCUGGAGGUGGUAUGACUACAUUUACAUUGAAUCAAAUAUGUGUCUUUGUAUUCAAGGAAAAGACCGGUAACUUUAAAAAAAUUGUUCUAGAUACUAGCAUCACAAUUUCUACACUAAUACAGUGAGGUCCAAAAGUAUUUGUAAAGUGACUCAUAUUUUGUUGUUUUGGCUCUGUACUCCGGCACUUUGGAUUUGAAAUGGUACAAUGACUAAGGUCCAAGUGCAGACUCUCAGCUUUAAUUUUAUGGUAUCUUCAUCCAUAUCAAGUGAAUCGUUUAGAAAUUACAGUACUUGUUGUACAUAGUCUCCCCAUUUUACGGAACCAAAAGUAUUUGGACAAAUUCACUUGUGUGUAUUAAUAGUCAAAAGUUUAGUAUUUGGUCCCAUAUUCCUAGCACACAAUGACUACAUCAAGCGUGUGACUCUACAAACUUGUUGGAUGCAUUUGCAGUUUGUUUUGGUUGUGUUUCAGAAAAGUUUGUGCCUAAUAGAAAUUUGUGGUAAAUAAUGUAUUGGUUCAUUUUGGAUUAACUUUUAUUGGUAAAUAAGAAUAGAAUAUGUUUCUAAAUAUUUUUACAUUCAUGUGGAUGCUACCAUGAUUACGGAUAAUAAUUUAAUGAAUCAUGAAUAAUGAUGAGUGAGAAAGUUAGAGGCAUAAAUAUCAUAAGUACAUUUUCCCCAAAACUUUUGGUUUCCUAGAAUCAUGGGACUAUGUACAAA